CGGUUAACCCAAGCAUUUAAUAUAUGGUAUAAUGUUUUGAUGAAAAAGUACUAUAUGCACACUUUAGGAAGAUUUCUAAGCCGUUUAUAGCUGUUUUCGAUCAAAAUACGUGCUCAUUAAUCGAUAAGGAAGCUGUUUGUAUAAUAUGGCAGUGAACUAAUGUCUAAAACAUGAAAAAAAAAGCCACGACUUGACAUGUGCGGGAGUUCACUUUUACAUUACAACAAGCCAAGCGCAACUGAUUUCUGUUGACGAGCGCUCUUAGAAUUCUCACUACUUCUUUAAAAUGAAGCUUAAAAAACUACUAAUUUUUGGGUGGAUUGUAUCAUGUAUAGUCUGGUCGAAGGUAUCGUCGGAAUUAGCAGUGGAAGAAACGGAUGGGCUUAUUGUUCACUGUGCUCCCCAAUACAUGGAACUCCACGUCUCAAGAGCCAGGUUCUUCUUCUUAGACCCCCAAACUUUCCACUUCAAUGGCACUGAUUGUAAAGCUUAUUAUAUCAACUCUACGCAUGUCAUUAUGAGGACACCGCUGAGCGGGUGUAACACGCGGUUGACGUCGAAUGAGGAUUUAUUGACGUUCUUCGCUAGUGUUGAUACAGAAGUUUUCCGUACUGGAAGUCCUAUCAGUCGGUAUCCAUCGUAUUUCUAUAUGUUCGAGUGUUCGUAUUACAGGACGUUUAGGAUGACUCUCAAUGCUUUUAGUACCGUCGGAAAGAUCGUCACAAGGCCUAAAGUAAAACUUGGUAACUUCUCAUUCCACAUGACCAUGUUCCAGACAAGCAAGUAUUUCAGUCCUUAUACACGGUUUCCCGUCAGGGUGAGGGUAGGGGAACGAGUAUACCUUAAAGUCAAGGUCCUUACCAACACGACGGGACUGACGCUAUUUCUUGACCGUUGCAAAGCAACACCAUCUCCAGACCCGAACCACGAACAGUCGUACUAUGUACUCAUGAACGGGUGUCCAACUGACCAGACACUAAACUACAAGUUCUCUAUCGACCAAGAGCAGCGGUUCAGCUUCGAAGCGUUCCGUUUCACUCAGUCAAAAGACUCCAGCCAAGUUUACCUUCACUGCGAGGCCAUAGUAUGCCACAAGGAUAACAACGCGUCGCGGUGUAACCAGGCCUGUUCUAAGUCCGAUAGGCCCCGGUACCUAACUAAGAGAGACAUCACGACCAGAGAAACAGAGGAAGUCAUCAUGGACGACAACCUGACGAGUCUACUCAACAUGACAAGUAAAAUCUAUGAUGUGUCUUUAGGGCCCCUGAAGGUCUAUAUCGAUCCUAUACGUAAAGGCCCCUUGGUCCAAGAGUCUGCUCGACGUGAAGGCAGUGGAUCACGCCACUCACCAACUCUAGUACUCUUUUUCAUAUCCUUUAUUCUAUUACGUAUUUGUAGUUAAAUUGAGCAUCAAAUGUACGAUCCCUAGACUGGCAGGGGCGGGGAUAGCUUGGUUGUCACUCCAAGUUAUCGAUUCUUGCGGUUUCCUUGGAGAUAAACCAAGGGAGUGAACUUGAGCACUUGAUCUUCCAAUUCUUUGGAAUCUUGGUGCAAUUAUCAGAACUGGUCGUAAAUAAAUCGAGGACGGUCUAGGAAUGGAGGAAUUCACCUUUUCCGCGCUUGCCGUCACGGGGUAUAAAUUGCUUUAGAUUGUGUACGGUCACCAAAAAGUUCGAACAUGGUUCUCGAAUUUCUGUGCAAAUGUACUGACUCUAAAUGAACUAUUUACUUGGUUAAUGUUUAGUUAGUUCUCUAUAUACAAGUAAAUGAUCAUUUUUCUAGCUUGAUUGAAGCUUUUCUUACU